GCGCACUAGUUUGUCCUCCACCGCCACCCGUUCAGGCCGGCUCUCUGCGAGGCGGGGAGAGGGGUGGGACGAGGCUGGUCGCUGCGGCCGCCGUGCCAGGGUGACCGGUAACGCUGCAGCCGAGGUGGCGGCGCGGGGCGGGGCGGGCGGAGAGCGAAGGAAGGAGGUGGUUGUGCAGGAUGGCGGCGGCGGCCUACGAGCAGCUGAAGCUGCAUAUCACGCCUGAAAAAUUUUAUGUGGAAGCUUGUGAUGAUGGAGCAGAUGAUGUACUUAUCAUUGACCGUGUAUCCACAGAGGUUACCCUUGCAGUCAAGAAAGAUGUUCCUCCUUCAGCUGUCACAAGACCAAUAUUUGGUAUACUGGGCACAAUCCAUCUGGUGGCAGGUAAUUAUCUUAUAGUCAUUACCAAAAAGACAAAAGUAGGUGAAUUUUUCAAUCAUGUAAUCUGGAAAGCAACAGAUUUUGAUGUCCUUUCUUAUAAGAAGACAAUGUUGCACUUAACUGAUAUUCAGUUACAAGAUAAUAAAACCUUCUUAGCAAUGCUAAACCAUGUCUUGAAUGUGGAUGGAUUUUACUUUUCAACAACAUAUGAUUUGACCCAUACUUUGCAGCGGCUAUCCAACACUAGUCCAGAAUUCCAAGAAAUGAGUCUGUUGGAAAGGGCAGAUCAGCGGUUUGUAUGGAAUGGUCAUCUUCUAAGAGAACUUUCUGCGCAGCCAGAGGUUCAUCGGUUUGCACUUCCAGUAUUACAUGGCUGUAUCCUUAUAGAUGAGAAAGGUGGAGUACGAAGAAUAAUGCCUAGGGAUGAAAUCAGAGUACAGAUACAAAGAAUUGAUUCUGAAGGCCAUGCAGCUAACUUUGUAGAAACAGAACAAAUUGUGCACUACAAUGGGAGCAAAGCUUCAUUUGUACAGACUCGAGGAUCAAUACCUGUUUUCUGGUCCCAAAGACCAAACCUCAAGUACAAACCACGGCCACAGAUCAGCAAAGUAGCAAAUCAUAUGGAUGGUUUCCAAAGGCAUUUUGAUUCCCAAGUAAUUAUUUAUGGAAAACAAGUCAUAAUCAAUCUGAUUAACCAGAAGGGCUCAGAGAAGCCACUUGAACAGACAUUUGCAACAAUGGUGUCUUCUUUGGGAAGUGGAAUGAUGAGAUACAUUGCCUUUGACUUCCAUAAGGAAUGUAAAAAUAUGAGAUGGGAUCGACUAAGUAUUUUAUUGGAUCAGGUAGCAGAAAUGCAAGAUGAAUUAAGUUAUUUUCUAGUGGACUCUGCUGGCCAGGUGGUGACAAACCAGGAAGGCGUGUUCCGAAGCAAUUGCAUGGAUUGUCUAGAUAGAACCAAUGUGAUCCAGAGUUUGUUAGCUCGUCGUUCACUUCAGGCCCAACUUCAGAGACUAGGAGUUUUGCAUGUGGGACAAAAGCUUGAAGAACAAGAUGAAUUUGAGAAGAUUUACAAAAAUGCCUGGGCUGACAAUGCAAACGCCUGUGCCAAGCAGUAUGCGGGAACCGGUGCCUUGAAGACUGACUUUACCAGAACUGGGAAGAGAACUCAUUUGGGACUUAUAAUGGAUGGCUGGAACUCAAUGAUACGAUAUUAUAAGAACAACUUCUCUGAUGGAUUUAGACAAGAUUCCAUAGACUUAUUUCUUGGAAACUAUUCAGUGGAUGAAUUAGAAUCUCAUAGUCCUUUAAGUGUUCCAAGGGAUUGGAAAUUCCUGGCUUUGCCUAUUAUCAUGGUCGUUGCCUUUUCAAUGUGCAUUAUCUGUUUGCUUAUGGCUGGUGACACUUGGACAGUAAUGCUGGCCUAUGUGCUCUUCUGGGGAGUUGCAAGCAUUGGAACAUUUUUUAUCAUUCUUUACAAUGGCAAAGAUUUUGUUGGUGCUCUCAGACUGGUCCAGAAAGGAAAGAUAGACUGAUUUUGUGUUUGUGGAAAGCGGCUUGGCUUGGAAGAUUCCAUUGUGCAGAACUGGAGUCUUUACUGACCUGCUUUCCACAUCAGCCCAAGGUCUUUUUAUUGCCUUUAUCCAAAAGCACAUCUUGUGCUCUGUGCAGGAUGAUGACAGAAUUGAUCGAUGUUACUGCCUUGAUGGUCUCUUUACUCUUGGGACAGUUAUUAAUUUGAAGCUGUUCUGUAAUUAAUAUAAUAAUCUGAGUUCAGCUUGCAGAAUGGAAGCUGAAUCUGUUCAUUUGAUUCUAUUGAUUAUCAAUUUAAUCAGCUGUUACAGAAUAAGUAAUAUAUUUUAAAAACCUAGCUUCUUUCAUUGUUUAAAAUAGUAAAAUUAUUUUUGUAGCUCAGUUUCAUUAUUGUCCUUGUAGAAGCAGUCGCUGUUAGCAGGCGUACUUUUUCACACAUCUUUGGACUUUUCUUAAAAGUUCAAUAAUAAGCUAACUGUGUUUGUAAAAUGUAAGUCUCUUACAGACAUCAAGUAGUUUGAUGAGACAGUCUGUGACUUCAUCAUAGGAAAGAGGAGAAUGAGGUCUGGGGUUCUUUAAAGUUUCUGGUGGGCUGCCUCAUGACUUGAAUCAGCUUGAACUGCCAGUGCACCAGCAGUUUUAAGUAUGAUGAGAGAAUUCAGAUAUACUUUAUCUUUUUUAAAAAGUGUAAAUAAAAUCAAAGAAUGUAAAGUCUAUCUCUUACGCUAGAGGUCCAAAGCCGCCUCUAUUUUAAAGAUUGUCCCAGUGUGAAACAUGCCCAUGACUGGUCAGCUACUUCCUCCUAUACAUUUGGGUUUCUUUGAGGGUCACUCAUUGAGACUUGCAGGCCUCUGAGAGGGUGUUGUUCUAGAUUUCAUAUUGCACUUGUGGGGCAACAGCUGCUUUUCCACGCAUGGUACUCUUGAUGCUUUCACUCUGUCAAGGAUUUUGUUGGCUAUCAAUAAAUGUGUCCAAAAAUUAGUGCUUCCAGGUAGUUAUAGUUCUCCAAAUCAAGGACCAACUUAAAUGUUAAUUUAUGUGCAAAAACAAACCUGAAAAAUAUGCUUCAGAAACUGUGCAUAGUUCUAAUUGUAAGUCAGGUUGUAUAUUCAAACUGUAAUUAUGAGAUUUAAAUAUUAGAACAGUAUGUAAGGUAGUAUAAUUACCACUAUUUUAAAACAAUUCAAUUAAACACUGCUAUAAUAUUUCAGUGUUGUGCUUGAAAAUAUGUACAGUUUUUUCAAUAUUAAUACCUUAUGUUGUCCUUAAAUAUUUCUAAAAGCGCCUUUAUUUCAGCAUUACCUUUUUUUCCAACAUUAUCUUUUAUAAAACAUUAAUACAAGUUGUUACUUGCAGAAACUCUAAAGGAAAUAAUAGCUGGAAAACCCUCUGUAGCUUAAAAUCAGUCAUUAAAACUUACAAUAGGGUAAGUAAAUAUAGCCACCUGUUAACAUGUAAAUAAGCAUAAUUUGUUCCAAAGAUGGAAUAUUGAAACUUAGUUCAUGUCUGCUGUAAUAUAUUAUUUAAAUGCUACUGGGCAUUCCACUUAAAGAACUUAAUGUCUGCAACGACAACAAAGACCAAAUCCGAACUGCUAAUGUGGCUGCUUUGUAGGGAAUGGAAUAAUAUAAGUGUGUUAGAUCUUAAGGUAUCAGUAUUUCAGAAUCCUGCAAUGAUUUCAUUUCUAAAUUCAUGUACUGUAUGUCCAUAAGUGAAAAUAAAAUGUCAUAUUCUUUUCUAA